CAUAACAUAUGGGGCAACCCAUACUCAAGCAGCUCAAAACCUAUCCAGCUACCAAGAAAUGGCUCUGCUUGCUUCAGCCCUGAUGAAUUGCACUACCCAUCUAGGCCUUAGAAGCCACAUAGGACCCAAUGGAGACAAUUUGUCAUGGCGCCUACCUUCAAAAGAGAAGAGUAAGAGAAGGUGUGACCUAAGCCUUAGAUCACAAGCAGAAAGGAUGAGCAGCGAGCUUGGACAAGAACAUCUCAUGCCAUCAGAAAGGAUGAGCAGCGAGCUUGGACAUGAACAUCUCAUGCCAUGGGAAAUCCCUAGGAGGCACUGGUUCCACCACGGAUUCGUCUUUGGCGCCGCCACUGCAGUGUACCAAAUUGAAGGUGCUUGGAAUGAGCAUGGCAAGGGGCCAAGCACUUGGGACCACUUCUGCCACAAUCAUCCUGAGAUGAUAGCUGGCUGGAGCAAUGGGGAUGUUGCAGUGAACUCGUACCAUCUGUAUGAAGAGGAUGUCAAAAUGCUCAAGGAAAUGGGCAUGGAUGCCUAUAGGUUCUCCAUCUCCUGGUCAAGAAUACUGCCAAAGGGGACGCUCGAAGGUGGCAUAAAUUAUAAAGGCAUAAAUUACUACAAAAACCUGAUCAACAAGUUGACAGAGAAUGGCAUAGAGCCAUAUGUAACAAUUUUCCAUUGGGACACUCCUCAAGCACUGGAAGACAAGUAUGGCGGCUUCUUAAACCCAAGGAUUAUGUAA